AUGAGGAUACUGGAACCUUUGUCAAAUGAUGAAUUUUUGCCAGAGAAUUUGAAAGAUCUAUAUUCAAAAUUCCUCCAGGAAUUAAUAGAUGAGCUUUCCCCACGACAAGAGCAACUUCAAAUCACAUACUCAAAAGCAAAGAAGAAUUUAAAUGAUACUGAUGGAAUAUUUUACUACCCAGGUGAUUUGAAGAAGGUUAAGGGGAUAGGUGCUACUAUAAUCUCAAGACUUGAAGCCAAAAUACAAGAAUAUUGCAAUGAACGUGGAAUACGGCCACCAGAGCCGAAAGCUGCAAGAGAUGUUCCAACUGGUACGAAGAGAUCGAGAACAGCAUUACGAACAGAUAGCAAUAAGGAACAAAUCAGUCAAACAACGGAUACUCAACCUCCUAAAAAGCAAAGAAAAAAAGUGUAUAUCCCAAAGAAACGAUCGGGUGGGUAUGCAAUUCUUUUAGGGCUAUUAGAAUUAAGAGCAGUAAAACGUGGAUAUUCCAAGGAGGAAGUGAUAACAUCAGCUCAAAAGUAUACUGAUCAUAGUAUGGAGGGAAAUUUUGCAACAAAGGAGUUCUAUGGUUCUUGGUCGUCAAUUAACUCGUUAAAGAAACACAAUUUAAUAGUAGAGGUUGGUCGCCCAAAGAGGUAUUCAUUAACUGAGGAAGGAGUAACCUUAGCUGAAACUUUAAAGACAGCAGAUGGAAUAGUUUUUCAAAGAGAAAGGGAGAAAGAAGGAAGUCGAGAUAACUCAAUGAGAGAUAUUGAAACAACAGCAAACCUGAGUGAACUACUUGAGAAGGAGAAAUUAUCACCAUCAUUUAGGCAAGGAAAACCAAACUCAUCGUUUAUUGAUUAUACGUUCGAAUCAACUGGUACACCCAUUGGUACUAACCGGGCCCUGACCCCAAACAGAAACCCCACUGUACCUUCUGGAAAGAGUCCAUCCAGUGUCCCAUCUAAAAAUACUUUUAGAAAAAGAUUUAAUGGGGUCAGCUACGAGUUGUGGGUUAAAGGAAGCUACGAAGUCUAUCCAAUUAUUGAUCAUAGAGAGGUGAAAUCCCAAAAUGAUCGAGAGUUCUUCUCAAAUGCAUUUGCUCGAAAGGGAAUGAAAAAUGAAAUACGGCAACUUGCUUUAGGUGAUAUAUUAUGGGUUGCAAAGAAUAAACGUACAGGAUGCCAAUGUGUAUUGAAUACCAUCGUGGAAAGAAAACGUUUGGAUGACCUAGCAUCAAGUAUUAGGGACAACAGAUUUAUGGAACAAAAGAAUAGACUUGAAAAAAGUGGAUGUUCCAAUAAAUAUUAUUUAAUAGAAGAAACUAUGGGAGGCUCAAUUGGAACCAUGGGUGAGGCAUUAAAGACAGCACUGUGGCUAAUCUUGGUCUAUUAUAAAUUUUCAAUGAUCAGAACCAUGAAUUCUGAUGAGACUGUAGAAAGAAUUUACGCCCUUAAUGAGGUUAUUGAACAUCAUUAUUCUAAGAAAUCACUUCUAGUGUUAUACCCGAAUAAUAUGGAGAACCAAGAUGAUUAUAAGAAAGUACUAGAGACCUUUAAGAGUGAGUUUGAAAGAAAGGGUAAUAUUGAAUGCUGUCAUAGCUUUGAAUGCUUCCAAGAAAUGAUGGGCAAAAGUGAAAUGAGAACCAUAGGGGAACUUACAAUAAAUGUGCUGAUGUUUAUAAAGGGCGUCUCAUUAGAGAAGGCAAUUGCCAUACAAUCAAUCUUUCCCACCUUAAAUCAUAUUUUAAACGCCUAUCAACGGUGCAAAUCCCCGCACGAAGCAAACAUGCUAAUGUUUUCAAAAUUGGGCGAAGCACCAGGAACUAAACGUAUUACUAAAGGAUUAUCAGAAAAGAUUGCCGACGUUUUCAGUACAUUAUAG